GUUAAACCAAACCCACUCCUAAUCUCCCUAAUCUGAUUUGUAUCGUAUCGCCUGAUAUGAUAACGAAACGCAUACGUGAUAGUCAUGGUUAUGUUCACGAUGCAUCAGCAGCAGCAUCACCACUCCGCUCCGCCUGACCAGCAUCCGAUCAAUCUACCUCCUCCCCCAUCCAAAUCCUCUCUUAGACCCACCGCCGCCGCCGCCACUCAGAGUCCUUCGUCUUUGCCGUUUUCUGUGGGACGGGAUAGUACAAUUGGGUCGCCAAUGGCCCGAUCCCACUCUCCCGGGGACCUUGCAGCUCUUCCGCCUUUGACGAGAGUUAAGCUAUCCGACAUUCUUCCCUAUGACGGAGCUCCUGUGGGGCGAUAUUCGCGUGCCAUGGAGGCCCUGUCCGGGUCGCUGAUGAGGCACAACGCCGCUGUGAUUGAGCUCAGUGCCGAAGAUGCCGCUGUGCUCCGCUGUGGCCUGGAAUCUGCAAGAUUUUAUUUUAAAACUCGGGUUGCAGCUCAGGGGAAAGCUACUCGUGGAGUUUAUAUCUACAGGGCAGGAAGGCCCUUGGAAGACGUGGAUUCAUCUCCCCCAUGCAUGGCUGAUGUCUUUCAAUGCAUGGGAAGGGCAGCCCGAGCUGCUUUAUGUGCAGUUGCUAGACAUCUUCGUCUGCGAAGCGAUGUUUUUAACCACUUACUGGAUGAUAACCCGUUGCCACUUAAUGAGCCUUCCUCGUCCGUUCUUGUUGCAACCUUCUCCCCAACAUCAACCUCACAGAAUGGGAGAGGAUCAAGUGAGGGAGUGAAACUCCAAACAACCAAUGAAGUAGAAAAGGGGUUGUUAACAUUGAUUUCCUCUGAUACUGCUGGUCUCCAGGUAUGUGAUCCCAACAGUAGGUGGUACAUAGCAGACAACGGUCUAGCUUCGGGAGAUCUGUUAUUGCUUACUGGAAAGGCUCUCAGCCAUGCAACUGGUGGUCUCCGCCCUGCAACCAUACAUAGGGCAACCUAUGAUUACUAUUUGGGUAAUACUACCUGCGGAAGGACAUCAUUGGCAUUUAGGCUUAUGCCACAAAGCAAUGCUGUUCUUGAUUGUUCUCCCAUUAAAGCGGCUGGUCAUGUCAUUCCUCAAAGCUAUAUACCAAUUUCUGUAAGCCAGUUUCUGGAUGACAUUUCUGCAGAGGAAGACAUCUUCUGUAACAGAACUGAUAAUGCUUAUCAGGUCAGUCAAGGCAAUCUAAAUAAGGAACAGUCUUUAAGAAGUGUUCUCUCAGAUCCCUUAACGGGCACAUACAUGGAAGAUGCUACAUACGUUUCAUGCGGACAUUCAUUUGGUGGUCUGAUGCUAAGAAGGGUUGUUGAGACAUCUAGAUGCACACUCUGCAAUGCAGAAAUUGAGCCUGGAUCUUUAAUCCCUAACUUAGCUUUAAGAGCAGCAGCAACAGCAGUGAAGUAUGAGGAUGAGCGGAGAUUAUUUCAUAAUGCUUCCCUCAGGAAGCGCAGGAAAGAAGUGGGCGAGUUCAGGGAAAAUGGGGAACUUCUUUCUGAAACUAGUCCAUUCAAAGCUAUUCAGUAUCCAUUCUCGGUGAAUGAGAAAGUUACGAUUAAGGGAAAUAGGAGGACGCCGGAUAAAUUUGUGGGGAAAGAAGCAAUAAUCACUUCACAGUGUCUUAAUGGAUGGUACUUGCUUAAGAUUAUUGACAGUGGUGAGAAUGUUCGCCUUCAAUACCGCUCUCUCCAGAAAUUUCAAUCUUCUCAAUCUUCUCAGGAAACUACUGGUGGGGGCGAGAGAUGCCAUUCCCAGCCACUUAACAGUAGCAGCUGAUGGUGGAUGAUUUGGGGCUGCUUUCCUUUAUUGGUGGGCUCACUCGUGGAAAAUUGGAGGGAGGGGGUGUUAGAGUAACAGGUAAAUAGUGGUGUCCACAGGAGAGAGGACGGCUCAAGGUUGAUGUGGAUACAGCCGUCCAUAAAGAAGAUGGGAAAAUCGGGCAUGGUUGGGUAGUGAGAGACGGUGAAGGCGCCUUUGUGGCAUGCACAGAGAGCCCUUCAAUGGGUAGUUUCAGUCCAAGAGAAAAGGAAGUGUUGGGGCUCCUGGAAGCACUUACAUGGGUCAAAUGCAAGGGUGGGAAGAUUUUGACAUCAAAUGUAAUUCUUUGCAAGUGGUAGCUGGUGUUCAUGGUGGGGCUGGAUCUUUUGCUUUUGGUGUGAUCGACUGAUCAUUAAAGACUGGAGUUUAUUGUUUUAAAAUUUUAAUAGUAUAAAUAUUUUUCAUAUCAACAGGUCAGCGAGUUGUGUUCUUUAUAUUAGUCUUGAGUAUGAUUUUAUAUUCCACCUAAUUAUAUUUUCCAUCAUUUCCAGUGGAGCCAAAGACACACUUUUUUGGGCUUGGGAAUAUGAUGGAAUAUGACUAGCUAAAUUGUCACCACUUCUUUGUUAUGAAGUACUAGACUAGUAGUUACUCAA